AACGCAUUCAACGUUAGAACGCUCACCUUGGAUUUCCAUUGUUUUCGUACAGUGUAACUUCAUCGCGCAAUGACCGCAGAUACCUCCGGGAAAGGUCUUCUACUAAAGGCGGACUCUAUAGCAGACACUUUCCGCAACGAGGUCAAGGAGUCCCUGGCACGCUCCUCACACCCACCCAAACUGGUAGGAAUCCUUGCAACUUCAUCUGCACCUAGCAAAUUCUAUGCGGAUUUCACGAGAAAACAAUGCGAGGACCUUGGCAUUGAAUUCGUCCUGAAGAAAACAGGGGCUGCUGAGAACAGUGAGCUAGGCGAAGGUGAAGGCGCCGAAGAAGCCAUCAUAGAAGCAAAUGAAGAUGACAGUGUCCAUGGGAUCAUGGUGUAUUACCCUAUAUAUGGAGCACAACAGGAUCACUACUUGCAACAGAUUGUAUCACCACUGAAAGAUGUAGAAGGUCUCCACUUCAAAUUCCAUUACAACCUGUAUCACAACAUUCGAUUCAUAAGGCCGCAAUCUCUCACAUCGCCCACAGUGGGGUCCGCCGAUGUUCUUCCAGUAAAAGACGACGAACCGCCUCCCGGAGCCGUGAAGUCGAUCAUUCCUUGUACACCGCUAGGUGUUGUAAAGUGCCUAGAACAUGUUGCAGUUUAUAACAGAAUUUUGUCAUACGGCGACCGUGCUUAUGGGAAAACUGUCACUGUUAUUAACAGGUCUGAAGUAGUGGGUCGGCCAUUAGCUGCUAUGCUCGCCAAUGAUGGAGCGCGUGUUUUCUCGGCAGAUAUUGAUUCUAUUCAGGAAUACACCAAACGGCCUCGCAUAUCCGUCGAUGCAACAUGGCAGUACCACCCACGCCAUGUAGUUCACCCGACAAACCUGACACUGCAAGAGUGUCUGGCACUCUCCGACGUCGUUGUAUCCGCAGUUCCAAGUGCUAAUUACAAAGUUAAAACAGAAUGGCUCAAGGAUGGAUGUGUAUGUGUCAAUGUUGCUGCGGAUAAGAACUUUGAGAAGGACGUGAGGGAUAAGGCGUCAAUCUAUAUUCCUGCCGUUGGAAAAGUAACAAUCCUAAUGCUAUUACGGAACCUGUACGUUUGUCUUCUUUUUCAUGUGAACUGCGGAAAAUAAUCUGCUGCGGUUUCGGCCAGAUUGCGGUUAUCCCGCUACAAGGAGAUUUCAGUUGCCAGUGGUGCUUAACAAGGUGUGCGGUCGUCUACUUGAAUUACAAUACCGCACUAUAUACGCAAAUUAGAGGGUGUUAACUUUAACAAUGCUAGAAACUGAUGAGAAUUAAAAUGAUGAUUGCCUUCCUCCAAUGAACCCGAGAACAAGGAACACCCGUGAUAACUAGUGUAUCAGCGUCACCGGAAAUGUGCCUCCGUAAUACUAGAGGGGUCUGACUGCCCCAUUAUGUCCGACGAAGGAAAACCCGGGGUUACAGGAGUAGCCAUGCCUGACUGAUCUUCUGCAAGAAAUCUUACUCUUUGGCGGUGGAGCUACAGAACGAAUAUUAGAUGGAAUGUGAAGUAAGAGUCGAAAAGAAGAUACCUGUGGCAACUUUGGAAUGAUAGCAAGUACGAUGAGCGCGGUCAAAUUGACAGCAAAUAGCCAUGGGUUGUAGUUAGUGUAAUGAGUCGACAUGAGAAAUCUAGGCAGAGUCGUCAACGUGCAUUUGAACAGAAGAUGAAUAAACGAACAGUAAUAUGGGUGCCGUGAAUA